GAUUUUGAUCGUUUGGAUUCUUCUUCACUCUAAUUAUUGAUCAUUUUAUUGAAUUAUUUUAGAAGUGGAGUAUAAAAAGAAAGAUGUGUUUCACGGAAAAAUGGGGUCCCCUUUUCCUCAAAGUAAUCAACGUAAUUUUUCUGAUAUUUGGCCUCGCUUUGAUCGUACCAGGGGUCAUUGUACUGGUCAAUAAUGACGUAGUAAGUGAUAAAGUACUGCCACUGAUGAAGCAGCUGACAUUUGGGGGAAUCAAUCUCGGAGAAAUGAUCAUCGCACUCUGUGUGUCACUCAUAGUCGUUGGGACGUUUGUCAUUUUAGUCAGUAUUCUUGGUCUUUGUGGCGCUUGCACAGGGAAACCAGGAUAUCUUGAUAUAUAUGGUGGUAUAGUACUGAUUCUUUUUCUAAUAAAAGUGUUCGCAGUUUUCAUGUGGUUCGACAGUAAUGCCAAGUUACAGUCUUGGAUGAAGACAGAACUAGUGUCCCUAUUAAACAAUUACGGAUCUAAUGACCUAACAACUAGCGAGACCUCAACCGCCUGGAAUUAUAUGUUUAUGCUGAUGUCUUGCUGUGCAGUGAAUGCUGUCACUGGAACUACAAAUGAUUUUGACACGUCAGCCUGGAUAACAUCCGGUGCCGCCGGAAGUAAAGAAAUCCCAACAUUCUGUUGUACUGGAGUCACAGAAUCAACGUACUCAACAUACACGAACACAGCAUGCACGGACAGUGUCACUUCCGGUUAUCAUACGACGGGUUGUUAUGAUGCAGUUUAUAAUUCUCUUAGUGCCUACUAUAUCGUUUUCAUCGCCGUCGGAAUUACUGUCAUGGUGAUUGAGGCUCUAGCAGUGGUGGCUGCUGUAUCUAACAACCACAAUAACCGUUACAAUGACACCACAAUAGACAAAGUGGAGGACAUCUCGAAAGACAAAAAGAUUGGCAAGGAAAAGGCGUGAAGCAUCUAUUUUAAAAAAAUCUUCAAACAGAAGACCUUCUUCAUACUAUCUCUUUGACAAUGAUGCUUGACUUCAAAAACAUAAAUCUUCAGGAACUUUGAUAUACUGUUAAUAAGAUUGGGUGGACGUAUGGUUGUUUGUAAGCAUAUUGCU